AUGGCACCCACACCUCCUGCCAAGCCCGUCGUCGCCCUCAUCCUCGGCGGCACGAACAACAUUGCCCGUACGCUGGCAAAGUACCUCAUCGAAGGCGAGCCAAAGGCGCAGUUUGUUCGUCUAGCCGACCGGUUCAGCGUCAAGCCGGCCACGACGUAUAUUGACGCAGCAUUCCUCGCCCUCCUGGAUGCUCCUGAAGCCGAAGCCAAGCUCGAGUACCGCCAGGUCAACCUUGCUGUUGUUGAGCGUCAUGCGGAUGUGUUCACUCCUCCUGCUCAGUGGGGCGGCGCCGAGACAGGAUGGACGCGCUUUGACGUCGUGUUUGACCUGACAGGAGAGACGGGCUUUGACAAGCCUGAAUUGCUCCAAAUCUCCAACACGUACCAGAUGGCCCUUGCCCUCGCGACGUCGGCGUCCAAGCUGUCAGACGAGCGCAAGCCAACAGCCUACGUCCGCCUGCAGCAGCCCUACUACGAGAUGAAGUCGCCGUCGUCCUCAUCGUCAUCGCAGGGCCACAGCGAAUCGGACAAGCUGAAGCCUGACGGAGUCCGUGGUCGGUGGUGGCAGGAGACGCUCCGUGGCGUCGCCGCCGUGGAGGGUCUCAACUUUGGCAUUGUGAGGUCGUCGGCGUGGUACGGUCCCGGAACAUGGGAUGCCGAGGUCGUCCCCCGUCUCGUCGCUGGUCACGUCUACCAGUAUCUGGAGGAGGAGAUGAAGUUCUUGUACAACUCGGACCUGAGGAUCGACACUGUGCACACCGUCGACGUCGCCCAGGCGCUGUACCGCACCGCGCUGUGGCUCUCGCAGACCCCGCGCGCACAGGUGCUCAAGGAAGCUGGUGUCGAGCUCGCCUUCCCUUUUGCCCAACCAAGUAGCUCUGGCUUCCUCGGCCUCGGCAAGCGUGCCAGUUCGUCCCCCGAUACAUGGAAGACUGUCCAGACCGUGGUCCCUGAAAACACCAAGGUCGUUGCGCCAAUGUUCAACAUUCGCGACGAUGGCGCCAGCACACAGGAAAGUCUGGCCAAGUGUGUGGCGGAGGUGUGGGGCAUCAAGUUUGGGUUCAUGAGCUCGACUGUCGUGUUGCUGGUGGAGAAGUUUGCAAAGACCGACUUUAAUGAAAUGGUCGAGGACGUGAACGAAAAGCACGUCGAGGCGUGGUCGCAGAUGCUCGCAAAGUCCAACCCGCCCAUCAUCUCGACCCCCAUCUCGCCCUUCCUCGAUGCGCAUGCUUUCCGCAAAAUGGCCAUUUGUCUUGACGACUCAAAGGCACGCAAGUUGCUGGGAUUCAAGCCCACUAAAGCGCGUGUGACUGCCAACGAACUGCGGGUAAUCGCCCAGGGAUUCCAGAAGGAUGAGAUUUGGCCUACUGUUGACUUGUGUAUUUGGGCCGGUGCGAGGCCAUAG